AUAAUUUCCCGCGGCAUCAGCAUCAAACGCGGCAUUGCCAUUUAUUUUUAUUUAUUCCAAAAAAAAAACAAUAUUUUUUAUUUUCUCUUCACACUUUUCUUUCUUGCGAAUUUUGAUUCCACAGUAAAUUCGAAACCCGUGAGUGAGUGAACCCUUACACUCUUCUUCUUCUGUCACUGAACCAGUGUGAAGAAGAAGAAAAGAAAAAUCAAUGUGAUGAUGCAAUGAAGCUUCUUCAGAUCUCGCGAUGAUGAUGAUGAUUCAAUUUGAAGAAGAAGAGGGAAAUUGAUUCAUGGAAUCGAGAAGAUCAUGAAGUUCUACAUAUCUGCUAAGGGGAUAAAGAGAGUCACGAUUUCGAACAGCGCUGCUGUCUCCGGGAAAGGAUCGGUUAAUACGACGACGGCCGCGCAUCCGGUUGGCGUUUCCGGUCGCCGGAUUUCUCUCCGGACGGUGCUUCCGGUGGUUCUGAUUCUUGGGAUCGUGUUGCCGUUUCUCUUUGUGAGGGUCGCGAUCUUGGUGCUUGAAUCAGCUGCUUUCUGCUCCUCAUUAGAGUGUGCUGGAUGGAGGUUUUUCAGUGGAGCUGACACGUCACUGAAACUCAGAGAUGAGCUGACCAGAGCGCUAAUGGAGGCAAAUGAUGGAGAUGUUAAUGAAGGAGCAGGGUCAUUCAAUGAGCUUGUGAAAGAGAUGACCUCAAAACAAGACCUGAAGGCUUUUGCUUUCAAGACCAAAGCCAUGCUAUCACUGAUGGAACGCAAAGUGCAAUCAGCAAGACAGCAGGAGUCAGUUUAUUGGCAUCUAGCUUCACAUGGUAUUCCUAAAAGUCUACACUGUCUUUGUCUAAAGUUGGCUGAAGAAUAUGCUGUAAAUGCCAUGGCCCGAUCUCGUCUACCCUCUCCUGAGUUCGUGUCUCGCCUUACUGAUCCUACUUUGCAUCACCUAGUUCUCCUAACUGACAAUAUCCUUGCUGCCUCUGUUGUUGUAACCUCUACAGUUGAAAAUUCAAUCAACCCUGAAAAAUUAGUCUUUCACAUUGUUACUGACAAAAAAACUUACGCUCCAAUGCAUGCUUGGUUUGCCACCAAUUAUGUUAAAUCAGCAGUUGUGGAAGUCAGGGGAUUACACCAAUAUGACUGGUCUGAAGAAGUGAAUGCUGGUGUUAAAGAAAUGCUGGAAACUAAUCACCUCAUUUGGAAGCACUACUACAAUAAGGAAAAGAACCUCGAUUAUAAUCAAGAGCAUAGAUAUUUGGAGGCUUUAAGGCCCAGCAGCCUUUCCUUGAUGAAUCAGCUCCGCAUUUAUAUGCCUGAGCUGUUUCCAGAUCUCAAAAAGAUAGUAUUCUUGGAUGAUGAUGUUGUAGUGCAACAUGACAUAUCUUCUUUGUGGGAACUAGAUCUCAAUGGUAAGGUCAGUGGUUCAGUAUUCAAGUCAUGGUGUGGAGACAGCUGCUGCCCUGGAAGUAAAUACAAGUACUACUUAAACUUUUCAAAUCCUCUCAUCUCGUCAAACUUCGACAGUGAUCAGUGUGUAUGGCUCUACGGCAUAAAUAUAUUUGAUCUUGAAGCUUGGAGGAGAACAAAUAUAACAGAGACCUACCAUCAAUGGUUGAAACUUAACCUCAAGUCUGGGACAUCAUUGUGGAAUCCCGGAGUGUUUCCACCUGCCUUAAUUGCAUUUGAGGGUCAAGUGCAUCCUAUAGACUCAUUGACGCUUGUGACUAAUUUAGGCUAUCGCUAUCAAUCUGAUAAACUUAGCAAAGAAAGAUUGGAAGCUGCUGCAGUUAUCCACUUCAGUGGCCCUGCAAAGCCAUGGCUUGAAAUCGGUUUUCCAGAGGUUCGAAGUUUAUGGAGUAGAUAUGUAAAUUUCUCUAAUAAGUUUAUUAGGAGAUGUAGAAUUACAAGGUGAAGGAACUAAAUUCUUCCACCUCCAAAAUUUAUUAAGAUGGAACCAGUUAUACUGUAUGGGAUUGGAGGGAAGAAGGUUCUGCCUUCAGUCUCUGACUCAUACACUAUCAGUUACGCCAUGUCAUAUAAAUAGUAAAUAGAUGAAGCUACCACGCCAUAACCUACUAGAAGCAGUAUCUGCAGUUAAGAAAGAUAUAAGCUUCAUGGAUCUAGCUGGCUGAGUCUGACGAUACUGUUAAUUUCAUUAUCAAAAUUACUUCUCAAAAUGGAGAAAUUAUUUUGGUUGAUCUGAAAUUUCAGGUAGAUGGUUCUCAAAUUUCAUUGUAUAAAACUCUCGUUAGUCACUUACCAUGCUCCAUGCAGCUUGGGAAUUCAUCUAUUUGGUCUUGUAAGUGCUUAUUGUAGGAGCCAGUCAAAUUAGUUUGUGUAUCACUGGUUCCUUACAUCCCUUGCAUUUGUUAUUCCCUGAUUUUUUUGUAUGUGUUGUAGUGAUUGAAAAGAAAAAAGUAAAACGAAGUAGUUCAACAUGUAUUAUGUAUACAGAUGUAACUCAUGUAAAAUCAAAGGUGUUGUACUGUUACUACUCUUUUGAAAUAUGAUCUUAUGCAGUUAUGCUGUUCUCA